AUGCCCUCAUCAACAUCCUCAAACGAUACACUGAAUGUCAUUGCAGGAUUGAUAGCAUUCCAGCAUCUCGAAGAAUCCUCACGGAUCGGUAUCGACGCGACCUUCAUCACCGCCGAAGACGCCUCUUCGCUCUCAAAGAAUCUGUCACCUCGCAAAUCGACGCUCGUCUCUCUACCUCAAAAUUUGGUGGAUCAAAUCUGGACGGAUUGCCCUGCACGAACCAAGAAUCCGAUUGUUCAUCUCGAGGAAAAAUUCUCUGGCGAAUCCCACGAAUCUAAACUUGGGUGUCUGCGUGACAAGUUGAAAAACAAACAAUGCGCGGCGAUAAUACUUACGGCUUUGGACGAGAUUGCUUGGUUGUAUAACCUGCGCGGAUCGGAUAUCGACUUUAACCCGGUUUUCUUUGCGUAUGCGGUUGUCACGAUGGACAGUGCAACACUGUUUGUUCAAGGAGGUGCACCGGCAGAUGUUGAUGUCAAGUCUUACGAGGAAUUUUGGACCUUCUUGAAAGAGUUCAAGUCGGAAGGCAAAGUUCUAGUCAUGGACAAAUCCAGUUUGGCGGUAGCCGAGGCUGUUGGAAAGGACAACUACACCCUUCUACCAUCUCCCGUGUCUUCAUUGAAGUCGAUCAAAAACGCGACAGAACUCGAGGGAUUCAGGCAGUGUCACAUUCGUGAUGGCGCAGCUUUGGUGAAACACUUCUCUUGGCUCGAAGAUCAGCUUAACCAAGGGAAGAAGCUGUCGGAGUGGGGUGCUGCAGGCAAACUGGAAGAGUACCGAGCUGAGCAAGGUCUGUUUAAGGGUCUAAGCUUUCCUACAAUCUCGUCGGCUGGCGCCAAUGCUGCGAUCAUACACUAUUCUCCGGAUUCGAAGGAUUCUGCCAUUAUUGAUAAGGAAGAGGUCUACUUGUGCGAUUCAGGAGCUCAAUUCUUCGACGGUACGACCGACGUGACUCGAACAUGGCACUUUGGUACACCUCUGCCGGAGGAAAUUCGUGCAAACACUCGAGUUCUCCAGGGUCAUAUUGCGAUCGACACUGCUGUAUUCCCUAAUGGUUUGAACGCGAAUGCACUUAAGCCUGGCAUGACGGUGUCGAAUGAACCUGGUUACUAUGCCGAUGGGAAGUUUGGCAUUCGGAUAGAGAAUAUCGUAUUGGUCGAGGAGGUUCAGACGCCAAAUAAUUUUGGGAAUAAAGGAUACCUGGGUUUUGAGCAUGUCGCAAUCUGUCCGAUUCACAAGAAAUUGGUGGAUAAAGUAUUACUGACUGCAGAAGAAACGGAAUGGUUUAAUGACUGUCAUGAAGAAGUCUGGUAG